AUGCGUGAUAUCAUCUUUCAUCGAUCGAUCGUAUUCAUGCCUUCACUGCAUAUGCACACAUCUAUUGAGUUACACGUGGGCCAGCUAGCUAGCUACCAUACGACAUGGACAGCCCCGACCAAAACAAAAAAAACUUUGCCACAGGCCCUCGUCUUCUUUCCUUUCUUCUGCUUCAGCUUCUUCCGUGGCUGUGUAUUCAAAUGCAUUUCACCUCCUUGUCGACCUUUGCCCCUUUUGCUCAUGUUGGUUUCAACAUCCCAUCUUGCGAGUCGUGCACGCAAACGCUGCGGCCUCCCAAACCGUCCUAGUCCAUCCUUUUCGCUAGCCUUGCCAUUGCCCCGAGUACUCCCUUGGGUCGAGACUAUCCUCCUAUUCUCCACGGUACAUGCUAUAGUACAUGCCAUCCACCAAUGGGCGCGAGAUUGCUAG